AUUACAUGUGCCCCACGUGAAUAUAAAUUUUUUUGGGUGGUUGUUCAUUGUUCGGAUCCACGAUUUUUUGGGGGUUCCAUUUUCACAAUGGGACAACCUUGUUUGAUGGCUCAGAUGUCAUAUAAACACCAUAGUGGGCCCGACAUGUCAUACAACUAGUUGUGUGUUAGCAUUUCACGUCACUCAGUAUUGCCUGCGUAUCAACCACAACACUCCACCAGAGUAUUAAAGGUUCUCCCUCGUUUGUUUGUUUAUUUUUUAUUUUUCACUACCGCUUCUAAACGAUUGAGGGCAUUCUCUCCCAUUCUAUUUCUCCCUCUUCCGACUCCAUGGCCAUGAACUGAGGGUUGCAGCAGGGCCUUUGAUCUCCACAACACUAUUGAAUCAGCUUUUGGUGAGCAUUCAAUUUCGACAGCUUCUUCUUUUACAAAUCAAUCUGAUUGAGCAGAUUUUUGCAGCACUGGAUCCUCAAACCCCAUCCUCAAAUGGACCGAACUAGUUCAUUCCACACUGUCUAAUUAGAGAAAAUCGAGCUGGGAUUUCAUGCGUCUCUCUUUCUCUAGAAAAGUGUGGGAAAGGUUGGAUUCUUUUGGCAGUGGCAUUGUGGUAUCGUUGGAGACUAGGGUACCUCCUACAUCGGUGAAAGUAAGAGGAAAUAAAUGGAGAAUCCUUCGUCUGCAUUGAGUAGGAAUCAGUUUCAGAGAAAGAAAGCCAUGAAGAAAACCAAUGACAGAAUCAGCCAACUACCCGAUGCUGUCCUUCAUUACAUACUUUCCUUGAUGCCGAUGAAAUUCAUAGUAAGAACAAGCAUUCUCUCAAGGAGAUGGAGAAACUUGUGGAAAGACAUUUGGGCUUAUUCUACUGCUCUGGACUUUGGUGCCGAAUUCGCGACUGGCCAAACCCCGGAAGAAUUCGUGUCUACCGUUAACUGGUAUCUACAACUCCACCAAGCCAAGGAGAUUGAGAUGUUUCGGCUCUCGCUUAUUCCAUGCAAUCUGUCAUAUGCCGAGAAAUGGGUCAAAUUUGCAGGAGCAAAAGGAACUAAGGAGGUUGAUAUCCACUUCUGUCAAAAUACAUAUGAUGAUGAAAUUGAUUUUGUGCCGCGUAAAUUGCCUCGUAAAUUACUUAACUCCAUCUUUAGUAAAUUUAUUAACUCCAUCUUUAGUUGUGACUCUAUAACCCAAUUAAAUUUGAGUUGUUGCUAUUUACACCGACGGUUGAAUUUCAAAGGUUACCCCUACCUCAAAAUGCUCCACCUAAGCAUGGUUAGAAUUACAAAUGGCCUGUUUGAAAGCAUGCUUUCAAAUUGCCCGCUUCUGGAGGAAUUGAUUUUAAGGGAAUGCUAUUGUCUGACUCGUGUCAAGGUUUCUGCUCCGAAUCUGGCACUCAAGAGCUUGAAAGUUGUCGACUGUUGGGAUGCCAGUGAGAUUGAGAUUUUUGCUCCAAACCUCCUGUCUUUCCAUUACUAUGGUAGUCUUAUUAGUAUGUAUUUCAAGAACAUUUCGAGUUUGGUGGAUGUACUUCUUAAUGGUAUGUUUUGGGAGGGCUACGUAUCUGAGUAUGAUUGGAUUACUAUUCUGCACCAUCUUGGACAUGUUAAGAUUCUGACAUUGUGUUAUGUCUCACUUGAGGUAUUUUGUAUUGCGGAGGAAUCAGCAUCUGCAAAUUUACCUGUUACAUUCCACAAUUUACAAGAAUUGCAGCUAUUGUUGGAGUGGGUUUGAUUUUGCAAUCUGGCCGGCUGCAAUAGCUUCUUCAAAAGCUGUCUGUGUCCUUGUCUAGAGAAGCUUUUCAUUGAAGUGUAAAUCAUUUACAGCCCAUACUGUUUGGCUUUGGCCUUUGAGUUAUAGGUAAAUAGUUGACUAUGUUUGGAUUGCCUGUAAAUUGUUUAGAGGGGUUUCAUUUGCAGAUACAGGUUCAAAAUUAUAACUGUUAGGCUGUGAUUGAUUUGCAUGUAAAUGAAAUCACAGCUUUUCAGAGGGAUUUCAUUUGCAGCUCAAAGCUGUAAAUGGUUUACAGGCAGUGUUGUUAAAUGCGAUCGCAUAUGCGCAUAUACAUCAGAAGAUCACAUAUGCCAUGAUGGCAUAUGCGAUCACAUACAGGAUAUGCGUACGCAUAUACUUUAUUAUUUUAUUAUUAUCAUGUUUUACAAAAAAUUAAAAAUUAAAAAAUCCACUUUUUGCCUAUAAAAAGGCACUCAAAUCCCCCCAUUUGCAACAUUGAAUCAUUCCAAACUCUCUCUUAGUCUCUUUUACUCCUUAAUAGUUAUAAUCCCUCUCUUACAUUCCUACUUUCAAGUUCCAAUUUCCAAGUCUAAAUCCCAGUUUCUACAAAUCCUCUAGAAAGAUCAAUCAAGAAGAGAAGGCCUCAAAGAUCAAUCAUGGAUUCAACAUUCAAGAAUCAAGAAUACAUUCUACAUCUCUUUAACUUAGGGAAGUUUCCCCUAAUUUCUUCUUUUUCUUCUUUUUUACAUUU